GGUCAUAAAUAGUGGAUCUUAUUCUCUAGACUAAGUAGGUUAGGAAAAAAAGGGCCUAAAAAUAUUUUGAUAAUUAGUGCCCAAGAUCACAUAGUUUCUAAGUUAGUAUACCUGGAGUCAGAUCCAGACUUUGAUCCAGAGUCCGUGUCCUUACAGUUAAGGCAUUCUGAGCUUAGAGGAAGAGGGAAGAAAUGUUAACAUUUCAUACCCUUGUCGUCCUUCUGUUUCUGGAACAUGCCAGGCUUUUUCUUAUGCCUGGAACUCAUUCCUCGGCUUGUCACAUCACUGAUUUUUUUUCUCAUCCUUUAGGUCUUGGCUCUAAUUAAUGUCAAACCCAGAGAGGGUUUUCAUAACAAUCUUAUGGAAAGCACCUCCCAAAUUACAUCAUCCUAUUUAUUUUCUUGUUUAACAGUUGUAGUAUCUGUAAAUACUUUCAUUUGUGUGUCUCUUCCACUGUAAGUUCUAUGAAGACAGGGACCUGUCAUUUUCCCUUUUGUUUCUUCAAGUUUUAUCUCACAUGACAGUACUUGGCACAUAUUAGCAUAUUUAGUAGUUAUUGGUUCAGUGAACAAGUACAACUUUUUAUGUAUUUGGUUCCCUUUUAAAUAGAUAGAGAUAAGCAAGUACUAUUUCCUCAGAUUUUUUAAAAGAAAUAAUUAAAAUUGCAUUUCAGUUUUAAUUGUUAGUUGUUACUGUGGUAGUCAAAAGUUAUUUGAAAGAAAUAAGUUAUAUGUAAAUUUCCAUGAAAAUUACUAGAAAUCCCUAUUGAAACUGUGCUUUCCCAGUAUAAGACAUUUUGUAAGCUUGCAUUUAUUUCCCACACAAGAUCCUUUUCUGCAGGCAUAUUUUAAUUAUUGAGUUAUUAACUUGAUUGUAUAUCUUACACAAAAGAAAGUAAUCUUUCACUGAUAUUUGAGAUUUAUGUUUCAGUUUUUGCAUGAAAUAGAUACUGUCAAGACCUUGUGUUUAGCAUCAGAAUCUUACACAAGUCUUAACAAACAGUAACCAAAAGUGAGCUCAAAAUACAGAAUCCUAAGUGGUAGGUAAAUGCUUUCAUCGCUAGAAUAUAAAUUGCUAUCUUUGGUUACAAAAAGAAUUUAACAUUGGGGCACCUGGGUGGCUCUGUCGGUUAAGCGUCCGACUUCGGCUCGGGUCAUGAUCUCGUGGUUUGUGGGUUCCCGCCCCACGUCGGGUUCUGUGCUGACAGCUCAGAGCUUGGAGCCUGCUUCGGAUUCUGUGUCUCCUUCUCUGUCUGUUCCUCCCCUGCUCACUCUCUGUCUUUCUCUCAAAAAUAAAUAAAGAUUAAAAAAAAUUAAAAACAAACGAAAAGAAUUUAACAUCUAUGUUAUAUAGCAUAGUGAUUACUUUUUAAACUAUGGAGAGCAGGGAAAAAAACUCCACUAAUUUAAGUAGUUUUUCUUAAGUAAAGUAGGAAUGAUUCCUUUCUAGUCCAAUUAAUUAGACAGGAUAGAGGGGAGAAAAUUAACUUGGUAAAGAAUUUCUAGUGAUAUUCUAGUAGCCACUUGAUUCUGCUAUAAAAGUUACGGUAUUUUCAUAUCUCAAAGUUCUUAUGCAUCUUACUUGAUUUUGGCAGUAAGCUACUAUUACGAUUUGUGUUUGUUGACUACUGCCAUCUCAGUGUUUUGAAAUGCCUACUUUCCAAAAAUAACAAAACAUAGUUUGGAUAUGAUAGUGUUUUGUGAUACUAGUGGACAAGGUAGUGUUGUUGCUAAGCCCUAUGGGAAGAGGGGAGUGCUGUGUAGAGUGGCUAUAAAAACAAAGCAGACUGCUUCCCUGGAGUGUUCUGACUUCUUUUGUUAUGUGCACAUGGGCCUGUGCCAUGUAGCUCUUUUUAGAUAUGAUUCAGAAAGUCAGAGAGUAGGAGGUAGUCUGCUGAUCUACAAGGGAGAAAACAAAAUUGAGGCUGGUUUCAGCAGAGCAGCUUUACCAUUCGGGUUAGUUAGGCGAGAAUUAUCCUGUGAAGGUUAUUCUAUAGAUCUGCGAUGUCCAGGCAGCGAUGUGAUCAUGAUUGAGAGCGCUAACUAUGGUCGGACAGAUGACAAGAUUUGUGAUGCUGACCCAUUUCAGAUGGAGAAUACAGAUUGCUACCUCCCAGAUGCCUUCAAAAUUAUGACUCAAAGGUGCAACAAUAGAACACAGUGUAUAGUAGUUACUGGGUCAGAUGUAUUUCCUGAUCCAUGUCCUGGAACAUACAAAUAUCUUGAAGUCCAGUAUGAAUGUGUCCCUUACAAAGUGGAGCAAAAAGUUUUUGUGUGCCCUGGGACCUUGAAAGCAAUUGUGGAUUCACCAUGUAUAUAUGAAGCUGAACAAAAGGCAGGUGCUUGGUGCAAGGACCCUCUUCAGGCUGCAGAUAAAAUUUAUUUCAUGCCCUGGACUCCCUAUCGUACCGAUACUUUAAUAGAAUAUGCUUCUUUAGAAGAUUUCCAAAACAGUCGCCAAACAACAACAUAUAAACUUCCAAAUCGAGUAGAUGGUACUGGAUUUGUAGUAUAUGAUGGUGCUGUCUUCUUUAACAAAGAGAGAACAAGGAAUAUUGUGAAAUAUGACUUGAGGACUAGAAUUAAGAGUGGAGAGGCCAUAAUUAACUAUGCCAACUAUCAUGAUACCUCACCAUAUAGAUGGGGAGGAAAGACUGAUAUCGACCUAGCAGUUGAUGAAAAUGGCUUAUGGGUCAUUUAUGCCACUGAACAGAACAAUGGAAUGAUAGUUAUUAGCCAACUAAAUCCAUAUACUCUUCGAUUUGAAGCAACGUGGGAGACUGUGUAUGACAAACGUGCUGCAUCAAAUGCUUUUAUGAUCUGCGGAGUCCUCUAUGUGGUCAGGUCAGUUUAUCAAGACAAUGAGAGUGAAACAGGCAAGAAUGCAAUUGAUUACAUUUACAAUACCCGAUUAAACCGAGGAGAGUAUGUAGAUGUUCCUUUCCCCAACCAAUACCAGUAUAUUGCUGCAGUGGAUUACAAUCCUAGAGAUAACCAACUCUACGUGUGGAACAAUAACUUCAUUUUACGAUAUUCUCUGGAGUUUGGUCCACCGGAUCCUGCCCAAGUGCCUACCACAGCUGUGACAAUAACUUCUUCAGCUGAGCUGUUCAAAACCACAGUACCAACCACAAGCACUGCUUCACAGAAAGGCCCCAUGAGCACAACCGUAGCCGGAUCACAGGAAGGAAGCAAGGGGACAAAACCACCUCCAGCAGUUUCUACAACCAAAAUUCCUCCUGUAACAAAUAUUUUUCCCCUGCCAGAGAGAUUCUGCGAGGCAUUAGACGCGAGGGGGAUAAAGUGGCCUCAGACACAAAGGGGAAUGAUGGUUGAACGACCGUGUCCCAAGGGAACAAGAGGAACUGCCUCCUAUCUCUGCAUGGUUUCCACUGGAACAUGGAACCCUAAGGGCCCCGAUCUUAGCAACUGUACCUCACACUGGGUAAAUCAGCUGGCUCAGAAGAUCAGAAGUGGAGAAAACGCUGCUAGUCUUGCCAAUGAACUGGCGAAACAUACCAAAGGGCCAGUGUUUGCUGGAGAUGUGAGUUCUUCGGUGAGAUUGAUGGAGCAGUUGGUGGACAUUCUUGAUGCACAGCUGCAGGAACUGAAACCUAGUGAAAAGGAUUCCGCUGGACGGAGUUAUAACAAGCUCCAAAAACGAGAGAAGACAUGCAGGGCUUACCUUAAGGCAAUUGUCGACACAGUGGACAAUCUUCUGAGACCUGAAGCUUUGGAAUCCUGGAAACACAUGAAUUCUUCUGAACAAGCGCACACAGCAACGAUGUUACUCGAUACAUUGGAAGAAGGCGCCUUUGUCCUGGCUGACAAUCUUGUAGAACCAACCAGGGUCUCAAUGCCCACAGAAAAUAUUGUUCUGGAAGUGGCAGUGCUCAGUACAGAAGGACAGGUCCAAGACUUUAAGUUUCCUCUGGGCAUCAAAGGAGCAGGCAGUUCAAUCCAACUUUCUGCAAAUACUGUCAAACAGAACAGCAGGAACGGGCUUGCGAAGUUGGUGUUCAUCAUUUACCGGAGUUUGGGACAGUUUCUAAGUACAGAGAACGCAACCAUAAAACUGGGGGCUGACUUUAUUGGUCGGAAUAGCACCAUUGCAGUGAACUCCCACGUCAUUUCAGUUUCAAUUAAUAAAGAAUCCAGCAGAGUAUACUUGACAGAUCCUGUGCUUUUUACCCUGCCACACAUUGAUCCUGACAAUUAUUUCAAUGCAAACUGCUCCUUCUGGAACUACUCAGAAAGAACUAUGAUGGGAUAUUGGUCUACCCAGGGCUGCAAGCUGGUUGACACUAAUAAAACUCGUACGACGUGUGCAUGCAGCCACCUAACCAAUUUUGCAAUUCUCAUGGCCCACAGGGAAAUUGCAUACAAAGAUGGAGUUCACGAAUUACUCCUUACCGUCAUCACCUGGGUGGGAAUUGUCAUUUCCCUUGUUUGCCUGGCUAUAUGCAUCUUCACCUUCUGCUUUUUCCGUGGCCUACAGAGUGACCGCAAUACUAUUCACAAGAACCUUUGUAUCAACCUUUUCAUUGCGGAAUUUAUUUUCCUAAUAGGCAUUGACAAGACGAAAUACAUGAUUGCUUGUCCAAUAUUUGCAGGACUACUACACUUUUUCUUUUUGGCCGCUUUUGCUUGGAUGUGCUUAGAAGGUGUACAGCUCUACCUAAUGUUAGUUGAAGUUUUUGAAAGUGAAUAUUCAAGGAAGAAAUAUUAUUAUGUUGCUGGUUACUUGUUUCCUGCCACAGUGGUUGGGGUUUCAGCUGCUAUUGACUAUAAGAGCUAUGGAACAGAAAAAGCUUGCUGGCUUCAUGUUGAUAACUAUUUUAUAUGGAGUUUCAUUGGACCAGUUACCUUCAUUAUUCUGCUAAAUAUUAUCUUCCUGGUGAUCACAUUAUGCAAAAUGGUGAAGCACUCAAACACUUUGAAACCAGAUUCUAGCAGGUUGGAAAACAUUAAUAAUUACCGUGUUUGUGAUGGCUACUAUAAUACGGACUUACCUGGGUCUUGGGUGCUUGGCGCUUUUGCUCUUCUGUGUCUUCUUGGCCUAACCUGGUCAUUUGGGUUGCUUUUUAUUAAUGAGGAGACUAUUGUGAUGGCAUAUCUCUUCACCAUCUUUAAUGCUUUCCAGGGAGUGUUCAUUUUCAUCUUUCACUGUGCUCUCCAAAAGAAAGUACGCAAAGAAUACGGCAAGUGCUUCAGACACUCCUAUUGCUGCGGCGGCCUCCCAACUGAGAGCCCCCACAGUUCAGUGAAGGCAUCGACCACCAGAACCAGCGCUCGCUACUCCUCUGGCACACAGAGUCGUAUAAGAAGGAUGUGGAAUGACACUGUGAGAAAACAGUCUGAAUCUUCUUUUAUCUCAGGUGACAUCAAUAGCACGUCAACACUUAAUCAAGGACAUUCACUGAACAAUGCCAGGGAUACAAGUGCCAUGGAUACUCUACCGCUAAAUGGUAAUUUUAACAACAGCUACUCACUGCGCAAGGGGGACUAUAACGACAGCGUGCAAGUCGUGGACUGUGGACUAAGUCUGAAUGAUACUGCUUUUGAGAAGAUGAUCAUUUCAGAAUUAGUGCACAACAACCUUCGGGGCGGCGGCAAGACUCACAACCUCGAGCUCGCGCUACCAGUCAAGCCCGUGAUUGGAGGCAGCAGCAGCGAAGAUGACGCCAUCGUGGCCGACGCUUCGUCUUUCAUGCACAGCGACAACCCGGGGCUGGAGCUCCAUCACAAAGAGCUCGAGGCGCCGCUCAUUCCUCAGCGGACUCACUCCCUUCUGUACCAGCCCCAGAAGAAGGUGAAGCCCCAGGGGACUGACAGCUACGUCUCCCAGCUGACGGCCGAGGCGGAGGACCACCUGCAGUCCCCCAACAGAGACUCUCUCUACACAAGCAUGCCCAAUCUUAGAGACUCUCCCUAUCAAGAGAGCAGCCCCGACGUGGAAGAAGACCUCUCUCCCUCCAGGAGGAGUGAGAACGAGGACAUUUACUACAAAAGCAUGCCAAAUCUUGGAGCUGGCCAUCAGCUUCAGAUGUGUUAUCAGAUCAGCAGGGGCAACAGCGAUGGUUACAUCAUCCCCAUUAACAAGGAAGGGUGUAUCCCCGAAGGAGACGUGAGAGAAGGACAAAUGCAGCUGGUGACAAGUCUUUAACAGUGCAGCUGCGGAAUCCCAAGGGCCACGCGCAGGUAUUCGUGAAGACUCUGCUGGCCCAGCGCAGCUCCCUCGGCCUCCGCCUGAAGAGAUGGCCCUGUUGACCUGUGGUUCUCCAGUAUAAAAAGAGGACUGAACCUUGAAGUUCUGUGAAUUUUUAUAAGACGUACAAAAACUUUGUAUAUACACAGAGUAUACUAAAAUGAUUAUUUGUUACAAAGAAAAGAGAUGCCAACCAGGUAUUUUAAGAUUCUGCUGCUGUUUAGGGAAAUUGUGAAGCAAGCAAAGCAAAACUUUCCAGCCAUUUUACUGCAGCAGUCUGUGAACUAAAUUUGUAAAUACGGCUGCACCGUUUUUGUAGGGCCUGCAUUGUAUUAUAUACAAGACGUAGGCUUUAAAAUCCUGUGGGACAAAUUUACUGUACCUUACUGUUCCUGACAAGACUUGGAAAAGCAGGAGAGAGGUUCUGCGUCCGUUUGCGGGUCACUGCAAAUCUUUUACAUUAAGGCAAAGAUUGAAAACAUGUUUAACCACUAGCAAUCAAGCCACAGGCCUUAUUUCAUAUGCUUCCCUCAACUGUACAAUGAACUGUUCUCAUGAAAAAUGGCUAAAGAAAUUAUAUUUUGUUCUAUUGCUAGGGUAAAAUAAAUACAUUUGUGUCCAACUGAAAUAUAAUUGUCAUUAAAAUAAUUUUAAAGAGUUUGAAGAAAAUAUUGUGGAAAGCUCUUGGUUGCACACAUGUUAUGAAAUGUUUUUUCUUACACUUUGUCAUGGUAAGUUCUACCCAUUUCCACUUAUUUUCCACUGUACACAGUGUUCUGCUUUGACAAGUUCGUCUUUAUUCUUACAUUUAAAUUUCUUAUUGCCAAAAGAGCGUGUUCUGUGGGGGGAAAAAACUCUUUGAAGCCAGUUACGCCAUGCCUUGCACAAAUGUGGUGAAAUCUAGAAAAGAGUGUGUGUUCCCCCUCUGUUUAUUCUUGAACAGAGGGCAAUGAGGGCACUGGGCACUUCUCACAAACUUCCUAGUGAACAAAAGGUGCCUAUUUUUUUUUAAAAAAGAAAAUAAAACCUAAAUAUUACUCUUCCAUAUUCCUUCUGCCUAUAUUUAGUAAUUAAUUUAUUUUAUGAUAAAGUUCUAAUGAAAUGUAAAUUGUUUCAGCAAAAUUCUGCUUUUCUUUUCAUCCCUUUGUGUAAACCUGUUAAUAAUGAGCCCAUCACUAAUAUCCAGUGUAAAGUUUAACACGGUUUGACAGUAAAUAAAUGUGAAUUUUUUUCAAGUA